AUGGCAGCAGAGAAGUUGAAACGGCAGGCCAUGGAAAAUGUUUUGAGAUACCUUAUUCAACAACUAAGAGUUGCUGCAUGGUUGAAUUCCUUGUCUUCAACUUUUGCUCCUGCAAAUUCUUAUUCUACAAUGCCCACUAAAUCUUCAGAUGCUGCCAACAAAAGGGUACCCCAAAAAAGAGUUUUUUCCUCUUCAACAUUAUUCAGCCAUGUUCAUCUAUUCAACAACAACAAGAGAGCUAAGGUAGAAAAGAGUGAAGAAGGUUCAAGGAUGAAGAAGGGUACUACUACUGAGGCUGCAAAAAUCAUUGAUUUUGAGGAGAAGAAACGAAGUUCUUCAGGUAUGGAUCGAUUCAAGAAGAUGCAAUGUUCAGUAACGCUGAGAAGGUUAUUGGUUCAUCCAGAUGGAGUGUAUUUCAAGAAAGGAAAGGCUUUGCGGAUUCAUGAUGAUUCAAAGCCUUUGAUGGAUUUGGAGAGUGUUCAAUCGAAGCUACGGAACGAUUUGUACAAGAAAACUGAUCAAUUUGCUUCGGAUAUCAGAACGGUGUUUCGCAAUGCCAUGUCCUGGUACCCUUCGAGGCAUGAAGUUCAUCGAACCGCCGCGAAGUUAAGCGAUCUUUUCGAGACAAAGUGGAAGGAUUUGGAGGGAAGAUGGCUAGCUGAGAAGGAAAACAAGUUAGAGAAAAAAGAAAAAAAGCCAAAUUCAAAGCCUUUGAAAUUGAAUGCAGGGGAGAAAAGGAAACAACUUUCUGAUUCAGAUUUGUCCAUUGCUACUGCUGAAGCUAAAUUGAUAUUGGAGAAGAAGAAAGCCAAUGAAGCUACACAACAGAACAGAGUUUGCUUGCAAAGGAAGAAACAGAGGGAGAUGAUGCAGAAAAUGGAGAGAACAAUUUUCUUUGAUGAUGCUUUCAAGUCCUUUCAGGAUUUGGAAAACUUGUGUGGCCAUUCACUGACACAUUAUUGCACAAAGGAAAAUUCACUGCUGAAGAACCUCACAGGUUUGGUUCUUAAGGAAAAAGAUUUUUAA